AUGGCGGCCACUACCUCCCUCGACCACCUGUCCAACCGGAUGAAGCUGGAGUGGCACUCCAAGCUCAACACCGAGAUGGUGCCCGCGAAGAACUUCCGCCGCACCUCCAUCAUCGGUACCAUUGGUCCCAAGACCAACUCCGUCGAGAAGAUCAACGCUCUCCGCUCUGUCGGCCUUAACGUUGUCCGCAUGAACUUCUCCCACGGUUCAUAUGAGUACCACCAAUCUGUGAUCGAUAACGCCCGUGAGGCUGCUCGCAUCCAGACUGGCCGUCCUCUGGCCAUUGCCCUUGACACCAAGGGCCCCGAGAUCCGUACCGGUAACACCGUCGGUGACAAGGACUUCCCCAUCGCUGCCGGUACCGAGCUCAAUAUCACCACCGAUGAGGCUUAUGCCACCGCCAGUGACGACAAGAACAUGUACCUCGACUACAAGAACAUCACCCAGGUGAUCUCCCCCGGAAAGCUCAUCUAUGUCGACGAUGGCAUUCUGUCAUUCGAGGUGAUCGAGGUUGUGGAUGACAAGACCCUGCGCGUCAAGUGCUUGAACAACGGUAACAUCUCCUCCCGCAAGGGUGUCAACUUGCCCGGUACCGACGUAGACCUCCCCGCUCUGUCGGAGAAGGAUAUCAGCGACUUGAAGUUCGGUGUCAAGAACAAGGUCGACAUGAUCUUCGCUUCCUUCAUCCGCCGCGGUAGCGACAUCCAGAGCAUCCGUGAGGUUCUCGGUGAGGAGGGUAAGGAGAUCCAGAUCAUCGCCAAGGUUGAGAACCAGCAGGGUGUCAACAACUUUGACGAGAUCCUGGAGGCCACCGACGGUGUCAUGGUUGCUCGUGGUGAUCUCGGUAUCGAGAUCCCCGCCCCUAAGGUGUUCAUCGCCCAGAAGAUGAUGAUCGCCAAGUGCAACAUCAAGGGCAAGCCCGUUAUCUGUGCCACUCAGAUGCUCGAGUCCAUGACGUAUAACCCUCGCCCGACCCGUGCUGAGGUGUCUGACGUUGCCAACGCCGUCCUCGACGGUGCCGACUGUGUCAUGCUGUCGGGUGAGACCGCCAAGGGUAACUACCCUUGCGAGGCCGUCAAGAUGAUGCACGAGACCUGUCUGUUGGCCGAGGUCACCAUCCCCCACUUCCAGAUCUUCGAUGAGCUGCGCAACCUGGCUCCUCGCCCCACCGAGACCUCCGAGUCCAUUGCCAUGGCUGCCGUCAGCGCCAGUCUGGAGCUGAACGCCGGUGCCAUCGUCGUCCUGACCACCAGCGGCAAGACUGCCCGCCUGCUGUCCAAGUACCGCCCCGUCUGCCCCAUCUUGAUGGUCACUCGUAACGCCACCGCUUCCCGGUACUCUCACCUGUACCGUGGUGUCUGGCCCUUCUACUUCCCCGAGAACAAGCCCGACUUCAACGUCAAGAUCUGGCAGGAGGAUGUCGACCGCCGCCUCAAGUGGGGUAUCAACCACGGUCUCAAGCUCGGCAUCAUCAACAAGGGCGACCCCAUCGUCUGCGUUCAGGGAUGGCGUGGCGGUAUGGGCCACACCAACACCGUUCGUGUGGUCCCUGCCGAGGAGAACCUUGGUCUGGCCAUGGAGUAA